AUGGGGCACAACCAGUCCUGGACCCCAGAGUUCAUCCUGGUGGGGUUCCCCCUCAGCGCAGACAUGGAAGUGCUUCUCUGCGCUGUCUUCUCCCUGCUGUAUGUCUCCAACCUGCUGGCCAACGGCAUGAUCUUGGGGCUCAUCUGGCUGGACGUCAGGCUGCACACCCCCAUGUACUUCUUCCUUUCGCAUCUGGCCGUCAUUGACAUAUCCUAUGCUUCGAGCACUCUGCCCAAAUUGCUAGAAAACCUAGUGAAACACAAAAAAACCAUCUCCUAUGCUUCUUGUGCUGCACAGUUGUUAUUGUAUGUGGCUUUUGGUUGUACUGAGUACAUGAUUUUGAUGGUGAUGUCCUAUGACAGGUACGUGGCCAUCUGCCAUCCUCUCCACUACACGGUCAUCAUGAGCUGGAGACUGUGCACGGUGCUGGCCAUCACUUCCUGGGUUUGUGGGUUUUCUCUUGCCUUAGGACAUCUACUUCUCUUUCUGAGAUUGCCUUACUGUGAGUCCCAGGUGGUGAAUUUCAUCUUCUGUGAACUUGUGGCUGUCCUCAAAGAGGCCUGUGGGGACACUUGGAUCAACAAACUUUAUAUUCUUUUUUCUGGUUCAUUUAUCUUAGUGGGGCCCCUGUCCUUGGUGCUGGUCUCCUACACGCGCAUCCUCUUGACCAUCCUGAGGAUCAGGACAAAUGAGGGCCGCAGCAAGGCCUUCUCCACCUGCUCCUCCCACUUCUGUGUGGUUGGGUUCUACUUUGGCAUCGCCAUGAUGAUUUACCUGGUCCCUGACAAUGGUCAAAGAGAUGAGCAGAAGAAAGUCCUGACCCUGUUUUAUGUGCUCUUCAACCCACUGCUGAACCCCCUUGUCUACAGUCUGAGGAAUGCUCAAAUGAAGGCUGCCUUCUACAGAGCAGUGCAGAAACAGAGGACAUGA